GCCGGGAAGUGAGCGCGGUGGCGCAACGUGGUGGCUUACCUUCUACUCGUUCUUUUCAGUGGCUUUCUUUCUACAGGGCGACUGGGUCUGUUCCGCCCUGUCCCGGCGGGGACCGGAGAGUCCCCCCAGCUUCGCGCCUUCGGGCACCGGAGACCCCGACUCUGCCUCCUGCGCCGGGACCGGAGAUUCCGCACCCCGCCUCCGGCCCUGCCCCGGAGACCCCUGUCUCGGCUUCCUGCGCGGCCCGCGCGGUGCGCGGCUUCGGGGCCCUGGCGCACGAUGGCGCGGCCCCGCCUCGGGCUGCUGUGCCUGGCCGCGUGCGCGCUGCUGGGCGCGGGGGCCGAGGCCGAUGUCUCCAUCCUGGAGCAGGCACGCGUGCUGGCCCGCCAGAUGCACAAGCUGGCAGCCGACGAGCUGGGAGUCGUCACCAUGCAGCGGAUUUUCAACUCCUUUGUGUACACGGAGAAAGUCUCCAACGGAGAAAGCGAGGUUCAGCAGUUAGCUAAAAAGAUUCGAGAGAAAUUCAACCGGUACCUGGAUGUGGUCAAUCGCAACAAGCAAGUCGUGGAGGCGUCCUACACUGCGCACCUGACGUCACCACUCACCGCGAUCCAGGACUGCUGCACGAUCCCACCAACCAUGAUGGAAUUCGAUGGGAACUUUAAUACCAAUGUGUCUAGAACAAUUAGUUGUGAUCGACUUUCUACUACUGUUAAUAGCCGAGCCUUCAACCCUGGACGAGACUUGAAUUCAGUUCUUGCAGACAACCUGAAAUCCAACCCUGGAAUCAAGUGGCAGUAUUUCAGUUCAGAAGAAGGAAUCUUCACCGUCUUCCCGGCACACAAGUUUCGGUGUAAGGGCAGCUACGAGCACCGCAGUAGGCCCAUCUAUGUGUCCACUGUCCGGCCACAGUCCAAGCACAUCGUCGUCAUCCUGGACCACGGGGCCUCAGUCACUGACACCCAGCUGCAGAUCGCCAAGGACGCUGCUCAGGUCAUCCUCAGCGCCAUCGACGAGCACGACAAGAUCUCCGUGCUGACUGUGGCAGACGCCGUCAGGACCUGCUCUCUAGACCAGUGCUACAAGACUUUCCUGUCCCCGGCCACCAGCGAGACGAAGAGGAAGAUGUCCAGCUUCGUCAGCAGCAUCAAGGCCUCGGACAGCCCCACGCAGCACGCGGCGGGCUUCCAGAAGGCCUUCCAGUUGAUCCGAAGCACAAACAACAGCACCAAGCUCCAAGCAAACACAGACAUGGUCAUCAUCUACCUGUCGGCCGGCCUCACGUCCAAGGAUGCCCCAGAGGAGGAUAAGAAGGCGACUCUGCAGGUCAUCAAUGAAGAAAACAGCCUCCUGAACAACUCCGUGAUGAUCCUGACCUACGCCCUCAUGAACGACGGGGUGACAGGGCUGAAGGAGCUGGCUUUCCUGCGGGACCUGGCCGAGCAGAACUCAGGGAAGUAUGGCGUGCCUGACCGCAGCGCCCUGCCAGUUACCAAGGGCAGCAUGAUGGUGCUGAACCAGCUGAGCAACCUGGAGACCACGGUGGGCAGGUUCUACACCAACCUUGCCAACCGGAUGAUCGAUGAGGCUGUCUUCAGCCUGCCCUUCUCCGACGAGAUGGGAGACGGCCUGAUAAUGACUGUGAGUAAGCCCUGUUACUUUGGAAACCUCCUGCUGGGGAUCGUGGGUGUGGACGUGAACCUGGCCUACAUCCUGGAAGACGUGACCUAUUACCAAGACUCGCUGGCCUCCUACACGUUCCUCAUAGACAACAAAGGCUACACGCUCAUGCACCCGUCUCUCACCAGGCCGUACUUACUCUCCGAGCCCCCCCUCCACACGGACAUCAUUCACUAUGAAAAUAUCCCCAAGUUUGAGUUGGUUCGGCAAAAUAUCCUAAGCCUCCCCCUGGGCAGCCAGAUCAUCUCGGUCCCUGUGAACUCGUCUCUCUCCUGGCACCUCAACAAGCUGCGGGAGUCCGGGAAGGAGGCCUACAACGUGAGCUACGCCUGGAAGAUGGUACAGGACACGUCCUUCAUUCUGUGCAUCGUGGUGAUACAGCCGGAAGUGCCUGUGAGACAGCUGAAGAACCUCAACACUGUGCCCAGCAGCAAGCUGCUAUACCACCGCCUAGACCUGCUGGGCCAGCCAAGCGCCUGCCUCCACUUCAAGCAGCUGGCGACACUUGAGAGCCCCACCGUCAUGCUGUCAGCCGGCAGCUUCUCGUCCCCCUACGAGCACCUCAGCCAGCCCGAGACCAAGCGCAUGGUGGAGCACUACACCGCCUACCUCAGCGACAACACCCGCCUCAUAGCCAACCCGGGGCUCAAAUUCUCUGUCCGAAAUGAAGUCAUGGCGACCAGCCACGUCACUGAUGAAUGGAUGACACAGAUGGAAAUGAGCAGCCUGAACACUUACAUUGUUCGCCGUUACAUAGCAACGCCCAACGGUGUCCUCAGAAUUUACCCUGGCUCCCUCAUGGACAAAGCCUUCGACCCGACCCGCAGACAGUGGUACCUUCAUGCCGUGGCCAACCCAGGCUUGAUUUCCCUGACCGGCCCUUACCUGGACGUCGGUGGAGCCGGCUACGUCGUGACCAUCAGCCACACCAUCCACUCGUCAAGCACACAGCUGUCUUCCGGGCAUACUGUGGCCGUGAUGGGCAUCGACUUCACCCUCAGGUACUUCUACAAGGUCCUCAUGGACCAGCUGCCCGUGUGCAACCAGGAUGGUGGCAACAAACUAAGGUGCUUCAUCAUGGAGGACAGGGGCUACCUGGUGGCGCACCCCACGCUCAUUGACCCCAAGGGACACGCCCCAGUGGAGCAGCAGCACAUCACCCACAAGGAGCCGCUGGUGGCCAACGACAUCCUAAACCACCCCAACUUCGUGAGGAAGAACCUGUGCAACAGCUUCAGUGACCGGACCGUGCAGAGGUUCUACAAGUUCAACACCAGCCUGGCGGGGGACCUUACCAACCUUGUGCACGGCAGCCAUUGCUCCAAAUACCGACUGGCGAGGAUCCCAGGCACCAAUGCCUUCGUUGGCAUCGUCAACGAGACGUGCGACUCUCUGGCCUUCUGCGCAUGUAGCAUGGUGGACCGGCUCUGCCUCAACUGUCACCGGAUGGAGCAGAAUGAAUGCGAAUGCCCUUGUGAGUGCCCCCUGGAGGUCAACGAGUGCACCGGCAACCUCACCAACGCAGAGAACCGGAACCCGAGCUGUGAGGUCCACCAGGAGCCGGUGACGUACAUGGCCCUUGAGCCAGGGCUGCAGGACGCCCUGCGCCAGUGCGUCAACAGCAGGUGCAGCCAGCGGCUGGAGAGUGGGGACUGCUUCGGGGUGCUAGACUGCGAGUGGUGUGUGGUGGACAGCGACGGUAAGACGCACCUGGACAAGUCCUACUGCGCACCUCAGAAGGAGUGCUUUGGGGGUAUCGUGGGAGCCAAGAGCCCCUAUGUGGACGACACAGGCGCCAUUGGUGACGAGGUGAUCGCACUGAACAUGAUCAAGAGUGCGCCCGUGGGCCCGGUGGCCGGGGGCAUCAUGGGCUGCAUCAUGGUGCUGGUGCUGGCUGUCUACGCCUACCGCCACCAGAUCCACCGCCGCAGCCACCAGCACAUGUCGCCCCUGGCGGCACAAGAGAUGUCGGUGCGGAUGUCCAACCUGGAAAACGACAGGGACGAGAGGGACGAGGACAGCCACGAGGACAGGGGCAUCAUCAGCAACACCCGCUUUAUCGCUGCUGUCAUCGAGCGCCACGCACACAGCCCCGAGAGGAGGCGACGCUACUGGGGCCGGUCGGGGACGGAGAGUGACCAUGGCUACAGCACCAUGAGCCCCCAGGAGGAUAGCGAGAACCCGCCCUGCAACAGCGACCCCCUGUCUGCGGGCGUGGACGUCAGCAACCACGACGAGGACCUGGACCUGGACGCCCCUCCCCAGACCGCUGCGCUGCUGAGCCACGGGUUCCACCAUUGCCACCCGCACCGCCCCGCGCUGCACCCAGGCCACUGCCUGCAGGCGGCCGUCACUGUGCACACCGUGGACGCUGAAUGCUGACCCCGGUGGGUGGCAACGGACUCGCGUGGACCAGAGGAGCAGCGGGCAGGGCUGCGAGGGGGCAGGCCAAGGGAGAGGGGCCUGGGGACAUGGCACACCCGCCCUCACUACCCGACCACAUGUCCCCGUGGCCCCCAAGACCUCGGUCACCAUGUGGAACUCACACCACGGGGCAACAGGUGCACCUCAGAGUUUCUAAACAAAAGGUUAUUUUUCUACUAUUUAUUAAACUUUUCAAACAUUCUUAGACUUUGAGGGAAAAGGCAAGAAAGCAGGAGACGUGUCCACGGGAACUCCUGGCCGUCAUGUGUGUGUGUGACACGGGUCUCACCCCGAUGCCCUCACGGCUCCAGCGCCGUCCCCACUCAUCACUGUCCUUUGCUGGAAUCCUCUAUCCAAGGCAUGCGGCAUUCGCACUCAGAGCCUGGGAGGUGGUGGAAUCCCCGUGGUUCCGCACGAAGUGUUACAUUCCUGUCGUUUGUUUCUGUUCCCAUUUGGGCUUCCUUAGGUUUCUACAAAAUCUAACGUCACCACCCCAGAUGACACGGUUAAAUGUCCCACUUCUCAGAACUGAGCACAGAGGGGAGGUGUUUGAACAUUGUGAAAUGUGGUUCCUAACCAAAGCUUUCUCUGGAGACCGAAGUGGAAAGCUGGGCCAGGUCCCCUGAGUCCCCGGCCGCACUUGGUGGGCCAGGGUGGCUCAGGUCCGCGCUGCUGGGAGAGCAGCGCUGUGACCCAGCCGUGCAGCUCGGACUCAUGUAUUGUGGCGCAAAUGUGUUGGGAGACGCCCGGCACGGGCAGGUGUAAAGCCCGGUCUCUGUGUGGUGGGGGUGUCCGCUGAAUAAUGUUUUCAUGCGAGAAUAAUACAAUACAGUGUAAAACAUGAAAUAAAGUCGGGCCUUCCACGA